CUUCAUUGUACUGGGAUAAGUGGAAAGGGGCUCAGCAGGGAUGUGCAUCUGAGUAUUUUCUUGGGAGUUCUCCUCUGCUCUACCGAACAUGAGUGGGACUUAUGAAAAGAAAAUGGCUAUUUUGACUGACCUGUCAACCUCCUUAAGUUGCCAUGCUAUAACCAAGGACUCACCGACCCUACCAGAGUCAUCAGCAACCGAUAUGGGCUACUAUAGUGGUCAAAUGACUGCCGCCCAACAUGACUACUUCCAGAGCCAAAGCUAUUCCCAGUCGCUUAAUCCUUAUGGCUACCACCACCAUCCCCAAUUUAAUCUCAGCGGGCUAGUAGGGGCUGAAGGCUUCUUGCCCAAGGAUGAUUAUCCAUACGGAGCUGCAUACCGAUCGUAUGGACAUUACAGAGAACCUCCGGCCCAGGAGACAGGUAUGAGAACAAUGACAUCUUAUGAAGGUCCAAAAUGCUUUAUACAGUUUAUUUAUAAUAAGCAGGUAAAACAGCCAGCAGGGAAACAAAUACGAAUUGAUGGAUGAAGUAAAAAAACUAAUAUUUGUUAGAGGUGAAAUAAAAACAACCAGAGGCAAAAAGAAGGGAGAGCAGAGAAUGAAAAUAUGAUGAGAAGCGGGAAGAAAGGUGUAAAAAAAUAUAAGAAAAAUAAAAUAGAAUAUGUUUGAAAACUAUGUAAAAGAGGAGGGGAAGUAAGAACAUCAAAAGAGUGCUAUUGACGUUAGUGAAGGGGAACAAGGGUGGAUGAAGGGGAGGGAGGGUAAGAUAUAUAUUUUAGAUGUUAUGAGAGAGGAACGGAUGUAAGAAAAGAAAAAAAUAAUUGAAAAAAAAGAUGAAAGAGGGUCUUUUGGUCGGUCCAUGUUUGCAGAGAUUAAUCAACGUGUCAAAAAGGUACAGAAUUUAAACACUGCUGUUACUAUUAGAUAACUGUGACUUAUAUUAGAGACGUUUUUGGUCAGGGUAGUAGUGUCCGUAAGAAAUAACAUCUUAAUGGUUAUUUGAAGGUAUAGGACAAUACACAACUUUGACACAGAACAUUCUAAGAACCUUUAAAUUGUAAGAGAUUUUUCAAACAUUUAACAGCACACAGGUUUAUUUACUAAACUGUAAACUGUAAAAAUACAAUUCAAUCAAAAUCUUAAACAACAAAGCUGUCUUGUGUAGUUUUUCCGGUUCGGGCACUUUGGCCUCAAAUUUACAAAUCAAUUGUCUAACCUUCUCAGCUCCAAAUUUAAUGAAUACAUGCAUAAUCUAUUGACUCCUUUACACUUGUUACUUGAUUUAAUUGUCUCGCUGAGCAUACAAUAAGCAGACUGUUUUUACAGAAAACAGUAACACGUACCACUUGAGAUUUAGACACAGACUGAAUGUAUAUAUAUAAUUUUUUUAAAUGUAUUUAUUUAUUUAUUCUUUUUAAUUGCCAAAUCUUCGUUUAUUUUUGAAGAUGAGUCAUGUAAAUUAUUGGGGAACAAAACAUGAACAUCUAAUCGAUUCCUAGAUCUGUUAUUAUCCUGGAUUAAAUUGACAAUUCUCUUAUAGAUAUUACUUAUUAUUAGUGAUCGCUUAUACAGCACCAACAGAUUUUGUAACCUUUUAACGGCGCAAAUAAAGCCCGAUUUGAGUGACACAUGUCUUGAGUUUGGUCCAAACGUCCACCUGGGAGCAGGAGGGCCCAUGGUAGUCACCCAGGCUGCUGACUGUACAGACGGGGGUCUCAAAACCCAAGUGUUGAUCCACUAAACGGUUAUUUGCAUAACACAUAUACUACCAAGGCCUCGAUUUAAUAAGCUUUCCAAAUGUUAGAAAACUUUUUCAAAUUACUUAUCUCCAGAAGAUAUCUAUUAAAGUCUAUGGGAUAUUUUUGUUGAUAAAUCAUUUUAAAGUGUUUUACUUAGAGUGUUGAAUCAUAUGGAAAGUUUAUUAAAUCAAGGUCCAAGGACCAUUUAUGUCAAACUAACCCAGUUAGAAUAAUCUCCCCGUCUCUUUUAGUUUUUAUAAAUGUUGCUCUUUAGUCUUAACUGUUUACAGUGUCUGUAUCUUGAAACCAGAUGUGGUUUAAAUUAUGCAGGCAGCGACUUCUGAAAGUUGGAGAUUUACACUGACUUGAUAGUAAAAAUAAAAUUUAAAAAAAAAGCGUGGACACUGGAUUGGUCACAAGGGGACAACACAUUUAGCAUCUUUUUAAUGCAGCCUUAGCAAAAACCAUCUUUAAAACACUGGCGUACGUGAUCAUCAUCACUCAGUUUCAAUUAAACUUCAAACAACAAAACAAAACAAAAACAAAAACAAUAAAUGAGUUAAAAAAGUUAAAGUUUUUGAAAACCACAGAGGUGAACAAAGCAAUACUUUUGAACAUAUAUAACUAAAGUAACUCCAUCAUUGCGUCAGUUUUUUUUAAUUGUUCUAUUAUGAAUGAUUUAUGCACGAAGGGGUUAACAGCAGAGUUACUGACUGUCAGUUUAUGCAGCCAGACAGCGAAGUUAUACCUUCCCUCUGAUCUAUGAUGACAGUGUCUCUUACUGUCUCUUCUUUAAUCCCAAAUUCUAUGUUUACCUGUCUGCCUAGAUCUAGUCAUUGUCUAUCUCUGCCCAUAACCAGACUGUCUGUCUCUGCCUGUAAACCGAUGUCUGUCUCUACCUAAAUCUAGGCUGUCACACUGUCUGUGUGUAAAUCCCUGUGCUCUCUGUCUUGCUGUCUCUGUCAGUGUCCAGACUGUCGGACUUUUGUAUGUGUUUGUCGUGUUUAUGUAUAAUUCCUGUCUGAUGGUCUUUCUCUGUAUUGAGAUUGCCUGCCUGUCUGAGCUAGCGUCAAGCUUUUUUGACUGUCUUGGCCAACACUCAAGAAGACUGUUGAUUCCUCUCUCGUCUGUGCCAAUAUCAAGUAUAUUGCCUUUCAAUCAUAUUGCUGCAGUAUCCUGUUGUCCAUUCAACCAGGCAAUAUCUGCAUUAAUUUACAUCUUUUCUAUCUAUAUAUUCUGCCUUUCUGAAUUUGCAACCAGACACUCUAUCUGCCUGUUUUCACAGUUGGUCAUUUCUGAGACAGUCCCACUCACUUUAUGUUCAGGUAUUGCCUUUGUUAUAUACUGACAAUUUGUUGUCUGUUCUGUUUGUAUCCAUGAUGUGUAUCUAGUUUUAUAUAUGAUGGAUGCCGUCUGUGCUUAGUUUCAGGCUUGUGAGCUAUUUCCAAGUGUAUUGUAUUGACGUUGUCUGUCAGUGUUCUGAUUGAGUCCGUUUGUAUCCGAGAUGUUUUUUUAGCUGUAUUUAUGAUGAAUGUUGUCUGUGCUUAGUUUUAGGUUUGUUGGUUAUUUCUGAGUUUAUUGUAUAUAUGCUGUCUGUCCAUGUUCUGAUUGUGUCAGUUUGUGUCCGGGAUGUGUAUCUAGUUUUGUAUAUGGUGGCUGUUGUCUGUGCUUAGUUUCAGGUUUGUGGGUUAUUUCUGAGUUUUUUGUGUUUGUGUUGUCUGUCCAUGUUCUGAUUGUGUCAGUUUGUAUCCAGGAUGUGUAUCUAGUUUUGUAUAUGUUAGAUGUUGUCUGUGCUUAGUUUCAGGUUUGUGGGUUAUUUCUGAGUUUAUUGUGUUUGUGUUGUCUGUCAGUGUUCUGAUUGUGUCAGUUUGUAUCCAGGAUGUGUAUCUUGCUUUGUAUAUGUUGGAUGUUGUCUGUGCUUAGUUUCAGGUUUGUUGGUUAUUUCUGAGUUUAUUGUAUAUAUGCUAUCUGUCAGUGUUCUGAUUGUGUCAGUUUGUGUCCAGGAUGUGUAUCUAGCUGUAUAUAUGAUGGAUGUUGUCUGUGCUUAGUUUCAGGUUUGUUGGUUAUUGCGGAGUUUAUUCUGUUUGUGUUGUCUGUCAGUGUUCUGAUUGUGUCAGUUUGUAUCCAGGAUGUGUAUCUAGCUGAAUAUAUGAUGGCUGUUGUCUGUGCUUAGUUUCAGGUUUAUGAACUGAGUGUAUUGUAUUGUUGUUGUCUGUCAGGUGCUGUGUAUAACAAUGUCUUUUUAUUGUCAAUUGUAUCAAAGCAUUGCUUCACUUUAUGUCUUUCUCUUCGUUUUUUUAAUGAUCUGACAGUUUAUAUAGUAGACUUUAUCCGACUGAUGUGUGACUGUCUAUACCCCAGACUUUAUUCAAGCGCAAUGUGACUGUCUAAAUUCCAGGUAUUAUGUGACUGCUCCAUGACUGUUUAUGUAUGGGUCAAGCCUUGUCUGUGCUUUGCAACUGACUGUCCAUGCAUCAGGCCAUAUCUCUGGUUUGGGUCGGUCUGCCUAUAUCCCAAACAUUAUCAGUCCACGUUUUUAUUGUCUGUCUUAGCCUUGACCUUAUCGUUCUGCUCUGCAGUGUAUUCCUGUAUCCCUAUAUAUAUUACUUGUUUCUAGUUAAUUACAUUUGAUUACCUAUAUACGUAAUCAUGUCCGGCUAACUACCAAAUGAGGAAAUAGGGAAAUUGAUUAUCAUUAUCAUUAUUAUACGUGAAUUUCACAUUUUGUACCAACCGGGAAAAAUGCUCCGGCUUUGAUAUUUUUUCUGCUUAGCUAUUUAGGCCAGAAUGUACAAUUACCUAGUCAGUUCUUCACAUUUUCCUGAUUUAUCGAACUCCACGCCCCCCAAACUGUUUCCCAUUGUACAGCACUACAGAAUGUGAUGGCGCUAUAUAAAUAAUAAAAUAAUAAUAAUACUAAUAUAUCUCCUCAAAUUAUCUUUCUGCUCUAUGGUUGUCUAAUAAAGCCCACAUUUGCUUGCCCAUUGUCUGUCUAUAGGCCAUGCUUGAUCCUACUGUCUUACUGGUCUGUGACUGUCCAUCUCUAUACAAGGUCUGAUUUAUGUGUUUUCUAACUUUCUGCCUAUACCCAAGCUAAUCGUCUUGCUCAUUGGCUGUCAGACUUAACCCAAUGCCCAGUUUGUCUCCCCCAUUGUCUGUUUGUUUUUUCUCGGUCACACGUUGUGUGCCUGUUAUGUUUUAGCCUAUGUUUGAUAGUUAUCUGUGUAUGUGCUUAUAGCCAAGGCAAUGUAUGUCUAACAGAAACCCAAACCUGUUAUCCCCUGCAGUGACUCUUCUGUCUUUUAUAUCCAUAAGCCUUUACGUCUCUUCUGUCUAACUUUAUUAGUGGAGACCAUGCCAUUUCUUCUCUACCCAAGUUUCCCUAUCUACAAGUAGAUUUUUUUAUUUUUUUUUUAAACCUUACAAAAAUGGUUUAGCCAUAAAAUAAAUAUAUACAUCAAUAUCCUUGUGCGUGAGAAGCAAUGUCUCUCUGUACGUAUAUCCAAGAACCAUUUUGCUUGACUCAUACUUGUGUCUUCCUAUGUGACCAGGUCAUAUGUGUCUAUAGUUCAUACUCUGUAUCUAUAACCUUUAUUUACCUUCAGCUUAGUGGCUUUCCUAUGUUAAACUCUGCCUAUAUUCCAGGUCAAGUAAUUUUACAAUCCACACUAUAUCCAUUACCUAUAUUUGCUGUGGCCUGGCCACCAGGACCUUUCUGUCAUUCUGACAUUAAACUCUGUCUAUAACUUAGUUUUGACCAGUGAAUCGUAUAUUUAUUUAUUGCCAAUUCUAGUUUCUUACUUCUUACUUUCACAAUAACUCCGUAUCUUUUAACAAUAACUCCAUUAUUUAACAAAUACACAUUAAUGUCAUAUUACCUAGAUUCACUUGACCAAAGUCUAAACCCGACACGAUUUCUGUUGUCCUCUCGUAUGUUUGUAAUUCCCACUAUGUCAUUUAAGCUCUCCAUUAAUUAUUAGGUCUGUCCUGUCCUUGAACUCUUGGUAUAUUUAGGGGAUUCAGUUGAUUGUGUUUUGAGGUAAACAGUUUUAUAAUACAAUAAGUCAAAUGGAGUAGGCCCGUCCUUAUAGAGCUAUUGUGACCUAGGUUUUGCUCAAGGAACUCCAGUUGUCCAACCCGGGAUUAGUCAAAUACUUUAAGGGCCUAUCUGAUGUUUUAAGAGAUCAGUAGUAAAUAGAAGGGUAAGGCGUACUCCAAUUUCUAAGGUUUCAUCUAAACGUACCAUAUGCAUUUUAAAGGACUCGUAAGGUCACAGAGUAACCUAAAUGGAUUAAGCCUUCUUUUCUAAAUUCCCCCAGAGUAACGAAAGAAUAUUAACAUAGAGAGCCUGAGGGAGGGGUUUGUAUAAGGGAAAUUUGGGAACUCAUUAAAACUAGAAUGGGUGAAGGUAGAUGGGGAAUUCUCAAAUAAACCAGGAACACCUAAUUUUGAAUGAGAAAAAAGGGAAGGACGCUUUUGGUAUGAAAAGGUAGCAAGACAACAGGACAUUGGAGAAGUUGAACAAAUUAGAAGCCUUAUAAGGUAGUAUAAAAUGUAAAUUAUAAAACAUACAAUUGUUGUUUAAAUUGCUCUGAAUUAGCACUCAAGGGAAUUAAAUUGUUAAAAAGAAAACAAAAAAACAAGAUGGAUGCUCCCUGCAUUUAUAUAUAAUAUUAUAAUAUAUAAAUAUAAACACUUUGAACACAGUUUGGCCAUAAUAACCAAACACAGAUGAGAUUUGCUUAAAUUUGGCGGUUUUGGCUUAACAUUUAAUGUUCGCUUUAAAAUAUUGGCAAUUCGUAUUUUAUCGGAUAACCUUGCUUAUGUCUAAAUUACACAUUUUGAUUAGUGAGGAGUCCAAGCCAUAUCGAUUCUUAACCUACUCACGUGACAAUUGUCCUCAUUGAUCAUUGUACAAACUGUUCCAGAAGCAGAAAAAAUUCAAAGAGUUCAAUGACGUUUUUGAAAGAAUUACAACUGGGAUGUUAAACGCAAUACACCUAUAUUUAUAUCUAUGCCUUCCAGUGUAAACAAUAAAGAAUUUCAAAAUAAUGCUCACCACGUGCCAAGUGACACACGAUAUAAAUAAUUUAUUUUGCAUGUUAUUUGGGGAAGACUUCAGAUUUUGUCCUUAUGUGACCUUUUUGGACUUAGUGAGAUACCACGGCAAAAUUGCUUGAUAUCAGCUAAUUUAAUAUUGCCUUAGUUUAGACAGAUUAAUAACAGCCCCAAAAUAAAAUUUUAAAAAUUACACAAGGUAGCUCAGAUGUUAAAAAACACAAACAAGUCAGAUAAGCAGAUGAAUCCCACGUUUGAUACUUUAUUACUACUUAGAAUCUAAUUACAGUUAAGGCAAUUGUGCAUAACAAACUGGUGGUGUGAAAAGGUACGUUGAGUUGAACUGAUCACAUUUAAUUGAACCUCAAAAGCUUGGGGUACAAAAACAUUUAAGAGACCAAGUUUAGGAUACAGGAGCAACAUAGCAAAAGAGGAGACAAGGACGGAAAUGAGAAAAAAAAUUGUGAGGCUGGCCUUGUAGAGUGGGUUUUUAUUUGAAGGUUUGUUAAAGACUGAAACGAAGCUAAGAAUGGGUAAUAAAGAAGGUGUACAAUUGUUUAAUUUUGAGGAGACAUAAAAGAGCUUUGAAUAUUUGCAAUGGGUUGAUCAAUAAAUAUAAUAUCAAACAUUUAGACGUCAACCAUAGCAACCAAGCAUGCAUCGAAACAGGGCAGAUGCAACUUAACAUCUAUAAAACUGAUGAGGAUUAGGAAGAGAUGAAUGGAUAUUGAUUUCAGUACUUUAAUAACACCAAUGCUAUCCAUUGUUUUCUAGUAUCAGUAAAAGAAGAGCCAGAAACGGAGAUACGAAUGGUCAAUGGAAAACCUAAAAAGGUCCGGAAACCCAGAACGAUCUACUCCAGCUAUCAGCUAGCGGCUCUGCAGAGGCGAUUUCAGAAGGCCCAGUAUUUGGCUUUGCCAGAGAGAGCAGAAUUGGCUGCCCAACUGGGGCUUACACAGACACAGGUACGGCAACAGAACAAUAACUGAAUCUGUGCAAUUGUAUUUAACUAAAUAGAAGCAUAAAAGCUAACAUGGAAAGCUGACUGACCCGCAAAAAGGUCCAUCAAUUUGGAGAUUGAGUUAAAUCUAAAAGGAAACCUAUCAUGCCAGCCUGGAUUGUGGUUGUGUAAUAAUGGGAGCAGAUUGGGUUUACAAUAAAACGGUAAGAGAUAUUGUGUCCAGACGUGGAAAGAGAUAAAACCCAGACGGUAAGAAACAAAAAAAGCAAGAGAUAUCAGUGAAAUAAUGGCGUGAUCAAAGAUAUAAUAUAUUGUAUAAAAUACAGGAGAGUGGGAGAGAUUAAAUAAUGGAUAGAUACCCAAGAACGAGAAAUGCACAAACUAAAACCUUGAUGGGUGAGAAAUUAGGUUUUUAGUUAUAAAAAUAAAAAGGUGAAGUGGGAAGAAUGUAAUAAAAUGGAAAGGUAUACAUAUCAAUUAUUGGGAGAAUCGCAGUAAGGAAUAAUAUAUAGAGGGAUGUUAAAAUCUUGCCAACAGUCAUGGAGAUAUGGAAAUUCAAUGUUACAUAACUGUUGUGAUACCUGAAGUGUGUUGCACAUAUCAGACUUAUAUUGCAUCAAAAAGUAAUUUUCCUCCUUUACCUUGAUUCAAUGCCAUCCUCUAACCCCUCCCUAUAACUUAUCCUGUAACCCCAGAUAACCUUCUUUAUAAAAUCCAUAGGGAAUGAAAAGAAGAGAACCUUCUCUAUCAGUCCUCUCUCCCUUUCCGUGGCACCCAAUCUGUAAAAAAAAAUAACAUUUCUGAGCUCCACUUUCCCCAUUUGCCCACCUAGUUGGCAUUGAAGAGAUGCUUCAUUCCUGGUGGUCUACUGUCUCUGGCAGUACAGACCUCUAAUUUGCUCCUUCAAUGCCCGCAAGCUGGCACAAAAUUCCAGGAAACAUCCUAAUGUCUUGGAAGUUGGCACUCAAUCUCCUUAGAUGACAACAGAAUGGUAUCGGGACUGUGGCCUGGAGGCCUAUGUUGGCAGAAACUCAUAUACCUGUCUUUUGUCUACUUUACUAUUGUGGGUGGAUUUCAGAAGAUCUUCUGACCUCCCCAAACUACCCAUGUUCCAAAAGCUCACCAAUUAAAGCUCACAAAUGAAAGAACUCAAUUUCCCCCCCCUAAUUCUCAUUUCCUUACUGACAUUUCGCAUCAAACACUUACAAACAAAAAUAAUAGUUGAUAAAAGUAAUAUCAUUUAUAUUUUAAGAGAAAUAGCAAUAUCUCAGAAGAUAAGAUGCACUUACUUUUUACUUUUUAUUUAUAUACCGGAUGUGUUGCCAAAUUCCCUUACAGAGUUACCCACCUUAAUGUCUCCAAAGAGAAAUACUACGAAGGAGAAUCUUUUGUUAGUUCCGAUAAAAAGAAACAUGUACUUUGGUCAAGUUGAAUGUAUAAAUUAAAAUUAGGGCCUAUAAAACCUGGAGCCCUCUGACGUAGUGCUGACGUAAGCAUGUUAUGGCUUCAUUGUUAAUUAAAUUCUUAUAUUUCUAAUUUGACGUGAGCAUCCUAAAGUAAUCUUUUUAUAUAACUACGGUGCCCAAAAGGGUAGAUCUCCAGAUGUUUUCAAACUGCAGCUCCUAUGACGCUGUGUCCUAAAGCAUUAUAGGAGAUGUAGUUAAAAACACAACUUUUGAGUUCUCCAUAACUAAGGCUAUAUGUUUAAUGGGAAUACAAAAAAUCGAACUUUCAUAAAACAGGUUUUGGAAUCAUCAGAAUUCAUAGAACACCGUACUAGUAGAAAUGUUAAAUAAUAUAUUAUGACAAUAAGUGAAGACAGAAAAUAUAAUUGAUUGCAGUCAAUAAUCUCCUAUUGGGUUCAAUCAAACAUCACAGAAUAAACAAACAAAUGAAAAGGAACGACAGGAUUAAAUCAUGUCAAAUCUUCAGUGCUUGGCAAUACUUGUGGUUAAAUGAAGUCAGUGACUUUUAAAAGAUGUCUGUGGAUCACCAAUUUUUUGGGAUUCAUAUUGGCCAGUAAAGAAAAUAAAACAAACUCCUGGUUAGUGGAAUGAGAUUUUUUUCUAGAAUACCAACAAAUUUCGGUAAAAGGAUUUUUCCGAAAUGUUUGCAAGUGACUGGUCUUUGUUUUAACCAUCACAGUGCAUGGGUAAACCUGCUGCUUUGCAAAGCUCUCAAAAGGUUAAACUUAAAUAUAAUAUAGAUGCCAUUACCCACGCUGUGAGGAAGGAAAAAAAACUUAAAAAGAAAGAGAUUUUGGAGAGUAGGCAAAAUAAUGUUUAUAUAUUAUGUUACUGACAUUAUCUGACCUCUUUUUAAGAAUUUUAAUAUCAAAUUAUUUAAGCUGGAAAUGUGAAUUUAGUUUGUCACUGAUUUCCAAGUGCAUUCUGGGAUUCAGAUGUUAUUAUUACAGAACUCAAUAGUUCUCAUUGUAUCUAACUUGGAAGUAUCAAAGGCCGUGAGGUCUCUGAGAUACUGCAGUUGUAGUCCAUUCCACUGAGCUGUCUCACCAGCAUUUUUGGCAUUCCCAUUAGUUGAUAUGGGUUGUAAAUGCAAAAUAUAAAUUGCCUGUUUUGUAAUUGCAAAGCAAAGAAGGGACCUGCAAUAUCCGAAUUUGUUUUAUUCUCCUAGGCACAGUCUUGAAAGUCAGUCCAAUCCAGACAAAAUCUUUUUUACAACAUUGAUCAUUAAUCAAAGUAUUGAGUUUAAAAAUAAAAAUAUAUAUGUGAAAUCUAUGUUUAUCGAAAUUAUAUUAAUUUUAUCAUAUAAAUCCUUACUAUAAAAAAUGGAAAUAUAAUAGUAUGGAAGGAGAUGUUUCUUAUUUAUAGAGUAAAUUUUUAGUAAAAUUUUCUUUUUUAUAUAUUCAUGUAGUGAGGUUGAUAUUGGUGCCAAAAAAAAAAUUAAAUUGUCUUAAUUUAAAAAGGAGUUUGGAUGUUGAAGUCAGUCCUUUAACUAAUAGUCUGGUCUCUCCAUGCUCUGUGUGUUCUCUGUAAAACCCAGCUGAUCUGGGUGGGAUGUCAGGGUGGGGUAUUUAUGAUAAGGGAGGGGGUAUCCUAAGGCUUCCUCUUACCCAUUUACAAAACAUCAUGUUGCUGUGAAACUGGGUUUGGUUCAUUUGGAGAAGAGCUUGGGAUGACUCACAGGGCGGAGAAUAUUUAGGAGAGAGGUGUAGAGUGAGUGUGGGGGGAGGAAUAGUUUACAGAGAAAGCAAAACUCUUCCCAUAAACACAACACUGAAACCAAAUGGGGUUGUCUAAUGGCCGUAACUUAUUUAAUAGGUCACAAUCUCCUUGAAAGGAAGGGUACUUAUAUAUCAAUGACACGCUCAGGGGGACCGAAUUCGUUAUACCUAAAUUGUUCUAAUUACAGUAAACCUGUUUAAGAGCCAAUCCCUCUAACAACUGGAGUUCUGAAGAUUCCAGCAAUAAGCAGUCGCUUCCUUUCAGAUCUGGGGACACUUUGGGUAAUUGGUCUUAGGGAUCCGUACUAUGAACGUCAGUCAAUAUUAAAGGCAAAUUGAAAUGACAAUUGUAUAUUAAAGGAUACAGUCAUUUCAUUGAUACAAGUUUCAACAUGUUUAAAGGAUCAACAUUUAUAAGCACCAGAAGGUGCUAAUAUGAGAUAUCUUUUAUUGGGUCAUUCUGUCCUAGAGCCAAAAGAAACUAGUGGUUCCGACAUGUGUUGUGGGACAUGCCUUCUUAUAGACUAAGUAACAUUAUACCUAGAGUUCUAUUUUCAUCAUAUAUGCACUUGUAGGAAAGGAAUUCUCAAUGAGCAACUCAAAGGGGCACUAAGCAACAUAACUACUAUAGGUGUUGUGGUUACGUUGCUUAGCAACUCUGGACUCUGUACUCUGAACGAUAAGUAGCUCGGGGCUCUAAGUCAAUCAUUCCCAUGCAGGAUAGAUAAAUUGACACUUAUAACAUGGAAAUGUUAUAAAUGUGGAUAAAGAGGGGCAGUAUCCGGGUGCUGGGACAGAGAAACUGCUUCUAAAUGGUUUGACAUUAAAAAAGGGAUCUUUGUUCAUAGUCUCCAGACAACAGAGUUGAAAUAGUUCAGCGUUUAAUAGAGCUCUAGUGGAUAUAUUGCUUAGUGUGCCUGUAAGUUCACCCCCUCAAAAAAAGAAAAAAGAAAAAAAAUCCUGCGGCACAUAACCCACCCACGGAUCAUGAGAGCAUGAGGAAAAACAUCUCUAUGCCAUUUCUAUUAGGAAAUUUGAAAACACAUACAUAAGCCCACUUUUCACAUAUUCAUUAUUUUAUUUUUGUCGGUCUUUUAUCACCCCCUGUAAAGUGUUUGUAUCUCUUUACAACAAGGAUUAAUACACUGUUACUGCCUCUGGAGCAUUUUUUCAGUGGCAGUAUUUAUUUCAAUAACACACACACAUAUACAGAUAUAAACGCAGUCUAGCUGUCUACUUCUAUAUGUGUUUAGAUAAAUAUCCUUAACAUGUCGAAAUUAGUAAAAUGAUUAACGGGUUUAUACGUUCUACAAUUUUAUCACACUUUCUGGUUAUUAAAGUAAAAUGAUUCUCUGUGAGAUCUAUAUUAUUUUUUUAUGAGCUGUUUAAUAAUGUCACUUAAUUUCUUCUCAUCACUCAGGUGAAGAUCUGGUUCCAGAACCGGAGAUCAAAGUUCAAGAAACUUUACAAGAAUGGAGAGGGACCUGGUUUGGAACACAGUCCAAAUAACAGCGACUCAAUGGCAUGCAAUUCCCCUUCAUCCCCCUCAAUGUGGGAGAAUAGCAGAAGCCGAACCCCUCAGCAGCAAAACCUUCCUCACUGCUCGUCCCCCAGUUAUAUGGAGAACUAUAAUCCAUGGUUCACACAACAGAACCAACCUGGAUCUCACCUUCAGCCUUCCGAACCCUUGCAUCCGCCACCACCCAACCCGGUGUACUAACUAAGACUUUGAGGAAACUCAAAUGAGAACUGUCUUGAAAGGGUCACUUCACUAUUUAUAAAGGGUCUCUAUGGACUGAAUUAAUGUCGUUUAAAUAUCUAUAAAUGCCUAGGAUCCACUGCAAAGCAAUAAUAUGACUCUUGAGAUGUUGGGUUUUAAGUGGACAACUGACAUGGAAGCACACAAUUUGACAUAUGAGACAUCUUAUUUGUCCACCAUAAAUUAAAGUAAAUGGUGCAUGUUCAUUUGGAAAACAUUAAAUUAUAUUGGUGGACAGUUGACAAGACAUUUGCAAGGCCAACUCCACAACCAGUUCUCCUUUGAUGGUAGAAUACUACGGACAAUGAAAACCAUAUUUGAUCUAUUUGAUUGCUAAUAAAAAAAAAAAAUAGCUUGAAAUUUGUUUAUCAAGGCAAUACACGGGCAAAUGUGGGACAUCUUUGUUAUGAACAUAUAACACCAGAUAUUUUUCUGGGAGUGUCUUAUCUAUGGAUAAAUCUAUCUAUAUAGAUAGGUAACUAAAUAUGUGGAGUUUUACAUUUGACUCACAAUUGUUGUUUAAAUUGAUAAACAGCCAGGAUUGUGUGCAAUCAUGUUUGUGCCUUCAUAACUAUUUUUUCAUACCCAAACUGUAUAUAAUGUUCCACUCAAGAGGUAUGAUGUCAUAUUGCCCAUUUAAGCACAGCCCUUUGAAAUUGACUCUGUUUUUACAAAAAUCGUCUAUUAGCUAUAAAAAGUAUCCCUUGGAAACAAGCUAACAUAAAUUGGGAACCCACCCAUAGUAGUCGGACUGUUUCCUCCCGUCUAUUCUGUCAGCUUAUUCCCGAGGCUAUGCCUAACUUUGAUGCAGCCGAUGUUAUAUUUGAAGAUGGCAUGGGAUCUCUUUAUUGAAGAAUUGAAGGGGUUCUGAUGUUUCGGGGUAGGAAAUUAAUCAGCUCUUCAAUUCAAGUUUAUAAUGGAGAGAGUUUGUGCAAGAAUUUUUAACUUAUUUUUGUAAUAUUUUUUGUUCUGUUUGCAUUGGGGUCGAGAAAUGAAAAACGUUUGAAGGGGAGGGUGUGAAGGAUGUCGGUGUGAAUGCCAAAUAAAAUGAAUUUUAUUGGAUAAACCAGUACCUGAGAAAAGUGUUUAAUAGUUGACUCUCUGAUAUAAAAUGACUGC